AUGGCGGCAAGACCGGGCAACAGGCCAGCUCAGGCCCCUCAGCCCUCGACUGCGCGCCAGAACGAAUACUUCGUGCCUCGUGACGGUAUCGACCGCGAAGUCAUCACCUCCGACAUCUGCAGGUAUCUCGGAAACGAUGCACUUGUACGCCCUGGAACCUACGAGUCACCAGACGGCCGUGUGACCCAAGGCUACUUCAUCACCGCCUAUCGCAAUCUGACAUCGGCAAUGAUUCAAGACCUAAAGGCAGACUCUGCUCGAUGGGAGCAAGAGAGACGUGCUGCGUCCAGGUCAGGUGGUGGCACUGGAGGCCAGCGCGAGCAGAACCGCGGGUCCUCUGACUACAGCACAUGGAAGAACCGCCAACGGGAACAAGAACACUACGAUGCCUACGCCAGGGACAAUGCCAUGGAUGUUGACUAUCCCCCACAGCCAAGCGCUCCCAAGAACCCGGUUUACCCUCCGCCGAAUGCGUACCCAGGACCGCCCCAGCCAGGUCCUCCUGCUUAUCCGCCCGUUUCGUAUACGCCCCAGGCCGCCGGUAUUCCAGCACAGUAUCCUCCUCAGCCAUACCCUCCGUACCCGACCAACCCUCCCGCUCCUCAGUACUCGCCUGGACCUCCCAACACCGGAGACAGAUACCCUGGCAUGGCGGCCCCUCCUCCUAUGCCGGCUGGCGGCUAUGGACAAGUUGGACAGGAAGCUUCCUACGUGAUGGGCUCAGAUUACCGGACACAGCCGAACUAUGUGACGUCGGAGCCUCCAAGGAUGGCGCCUCACCCUGCGGUCUCUUCUGCUGCCCCAGUCAGGACAAUGUACGCUCCCACCAAUGGCGCUCCUGGCUACCCACCAGCCCCGGAUCAGUACUAUGGUGCACCAGUUCCCGGAAGUUCGGCCACUCAGGCUUACUCUGCCGAUCCUCUAUAUGGCCGUGGUGGUGCGUAUAAUGUGGCAACAACGAACCCAGCGCAGGCUUCAUCUGAUAAUCUAGGCUCCCCCGCAGGUCCAACGCCAACACGGCAAGGGUACGGUCACAUUCCAGAGCCCCCGUUUGAUAACCACCAGGCCCCUGUCAUUCCUCAGGUCCCCACGUCAAACAGUAGUACACCGGCCCAGAUGGCAGGCAGCGGGCCGUCACCUGCCCCGCGCCGAAGUCCCGGUCGCGACUCGGAGCCCAGGGAACGAGAACGGGAUCAACAUCGCAAUCGCCGCCCGGAACAGGAACGUGACGACAGAGAUCGUGCCAGGCAUCGGCAACACCGCUAA